GUGUCAGCAGCUGUUCUCAGCUGUGAUCAAUCUCUUCAAGAGCAGCCCACCAAGAAUAACCCAAGAAGUUAUGGAACAAACAAACCACUGAGCCGGUGUGGAAAGAUGCUCUGUUCACCACGGCAUGCCGUGAGUUAAAGAGGGGAAGGUCUGACAGGCUGAGAAUAGAGCGUCAGCUGCUCCGACAGCGCACCCCACUCACCAGCUCAGACCGUGACCCAGUUCUUACCCGGUGCCACUAGGAACCACCAGAGAAGUCGGACUGUCUCUCAAGUCUGUUGAGCUUAGGUAGAGGAUAACUGUCAGCCCCGCUUGGGAUCCACAAUGCUCAUAGCAUCAGCCGGGAUUGCACGUGAAACCCCUGUCUGCAUAAACAAGAAGCACAGGCGGCGAGGCAAAAAGCACCGCAGGGUCCGCACUGAGGAGACCUGUGGUGAUGACCAUUGUGACAGACCACAGCACUGGAUGCAGGAAGAUCUCUCAGUCCCACCCUUAACUACCAAAACAGUCCCACCUCUAGAAAGUACUCAUAGUGACACCACAGUUGAAGUCCAAGAAGUUACCCCCCACUCUAUGGAUACAAGAUUCCCCCACAUGGACCCACCCACCACAGAUUUAACACAUACCCCUUUAGAUUGCCUGCACUGUCCUAAAGAUGUUCCUGACAGUGUCAUACUCCUACCUCUUGACACUAUAGCAUUGCUGCCUACUGAGACACACCUCAGCCAACUGUUUUCUGUCGCACAUCACAGGCCCACCCAGUCACUUUCUAUUUCACACGAGUGCCCUGCCAACAGCCAGCUACUUCCUGUUCCAUCCCAGAGUCCCACCCACUGCACAUCAUUUCCUGUUUCACCUCAGACCAGGCAUUUACUUUCUGUCCCAUGUCAGAGCCCCUUCCACUCUCAGGCCCUUUCUGAUCCAGGUCAAAGCCCCACCUACACCUAUUCACUUCCUUCCCAUAGCCAAUUACACCCUGUCACGUUUCAGAGUCUCCCGGAACUCUCUCAGAACGCCACUGACAGCCAGUCACAUGCUGUCCCAGCCAUGAGCCCCAGCCAAAAUCAUUCAUUUGGUAUGCCAUCUCAAAACCCUGCACACAACCAUGCACAUCCUGUCACAUUUCAGAUUCCUGCCCACAACCAGUCAUUUCCCGUCCCUUCUCAGAGUCCCACUCAUAGCACUAGCCAAUCACCAUCAAGUGUCAAGAAGGAAAUGCCAUAUGAUUUCAGCACAUGGACUUAUUUAACAUUUGAAAACUCUUGUCUGACAGCAGCCAAAACCAACACCCUGUGCCCAGCUGAAGCCUUUAGUCUUCCAUUAAGCCCGUCCCACACAAAUCCAUCACUGCUCACAAAUGCUAACCAUUUAAGUUCUGUGAUAUCAUCAGUGCCAACGUGCAAAGCCAUGGCAUCACCGGCCCCACCUGCGACGUUAAGACUGCCCCAUGGUCAGCUUCUGGACUCUGAUGAUGAAGAGCAAGAAGACCCAUCAGAUUAUUGCAAAGGUGGUUACUACCCAGUCACCAUUGGGGACCUAUUUAACGGGAGGUACCAUGUGGUCCGCAAACUUGGUUGGGGACAUUUCUCGACUGUCUGGCUCUGCUGGGACCUGCAGAAGAAGCGCUUUGUGGCAUUGAAGGUGGUGAAAAGUGCACCCCAUUACACAGAGACUGCACUGGAUGAGAUCAAACUGCUUAGAUGUGUGAGGGACAGUGACCCCUCCGACCCCCACAGGGACAAGAUUGUCCAAUUAAUCGAUGAUUUCAAAAUUUCUGGAGUCAAUGGAGUUCAUGUGUGUAUGGUUCUCGAGGUUCUUGGUCAUCAGCUGUUAAAGUGGAUCAUCAAGUCAAACUACAUGGGCCUACCUCUUGUAUGCGUCAAGAGCAUCAUCGGACAGGUGCUACAGGGUCUGGAUUACCUGCACACAAAGUGUAAGAUCAUCCACACAGACAUCAAACCAGAGAAUAUCUUACUGGAUGUGGAUGAGGUCUACAUCAGGAGGCUGGCUGCCGAAGCCACCAUUUGGCAGAAAGCGGGAGCCCCGCCUCCAUCUGGCUCAUUAGUCAGCACAGCUCCCAUUGACGUUCAGGUUGGUAAAAUUUCAAAAAACAAGAAGAAAAAAUUGAAGCGAAAAGCUAAGCGGCAAGAAAAACUGUUAAAGGAGCGACUAAUGGAUAUUCAGAAGAUGGAUGAGGAAGACGACACACACUCAAACUGCCCACCAUUCAUCAACGGCAACACUUCCUGCAAUGCAACCUAUGACGAAGUGAGCCCAUUGUCAUCCUAUUCUUUGUUGGCGGACUGUUGUAAUGGCCACGGUCAUGGGCGGUUCUCCAGCCCUGCCUCCGGUGUGUCAGGGCUCUCCAGUUCCGUGAUCUCAGCCACGUCUGAAUCAACGCUUUCCACAAAGUCAGGAUAUUCUGUGUUAAGCGCAUCAGACUUUGUCCUCAGUCCUCUUGACCCUCAAAACGCCAACAAGCUGCGAGUGAAGAUUGCUGAUCUAGGAAAUGCUUGCUGGGUGCACAAGCAUUUUACCGAAGACAUUCAGACAAGACAGUACCGUGCCCUGGAGGUUCUGAUUGGAGCUGAGUAUGGACCGCCAGCUGACAUCUGGAGCGUCGCUUGCAUGGCGUUCGAAUUGGCUACUGGUGAUUAUUUAUUUGAACCUCAUUCUGGCGAAGAUUACACAAGAGAUGAAGAUCACAUCGCUCAUAUCAUCGAGUUGUUGGGCUCCAUCCCUUUGCCGUUCGCCUUGUCUGGCAGAUACUCUAGAGAAUACUUCAACAGACAAGGUGACCUCCGCCACAUCGCCAGCUUGAAGCGAUGGGCUCUCUUUGAGAUUCUUCUAGAAAAGUACGAGUGGCCGCUGGAACAGGCUGCUCAGUUCAGCGGUUUCCUGUCUGGCAUGUUAGAGCUGGAGCCAGAACACAGAGCAACCGCUGCUGAAUGUCUGCAACACGCCUGGCUUCGGCCAUGAGCGCACAUUGUGUGUGUGUGUGUGUGUGUGUGUGUGUGUGUGUGUGUGUGUGUGUGUGUGUGUGUGUGUGCGUGCGUGUGUGCGUGCGCGUGUGUGUGUGUUUGUAAAUGAGAGAGAGCUGUCAUGAUAUUGCAAAUAACCAUG